AUGGAAAUGUGGCCUAUAUCUACUAAUCCAAAAGUUGCACCACCUGAAAUUAAAAACAUGCCUGGAAGGCCAGGUAAGCUUAGAAGGAAAGAAGCUGGAGAAACAAAGAAAUUAGGAAAGUUGCCUAGAACUGGACUUGCCAUGACCUGCCGUAAUUGUAAUGGUAGAGAUCAUAACAAGAGAGGUUGUCCACAAAAUGUUCAAUCAUCAGGAAGGGAGGAACCAUCAGGUUCAGGUAAUGGAAGAGGCAACACAUCAUCAAGUUCAGGUAGGGGAAGAGGCAAAAUAUCAGGUUCAGGGGAAGAGAAUCCAUCAAUAGAAGGUGAGCCCCCAUCAAAAAGGGGAAGAGGAAGACCAAGAAAAACACCUACUGCACCUCCAGCACCUCUUACAUAUCCAACACUUAGUGCUCCUCCUCCACCUACUGCAACUUCUUUGCCUAUUACUAGUAAAAGAGGAAGACCAAGAAAAACACCUCUUGCACAUCCUACAUAUCUUGAGCAUCCAGCACCACCUACUUCAUUACUAACUACUAGUAAGAGAGGAAGACCAAGAAAAACACCUCCUGCACAUCCUGCAUAUCUUGAACAUCCAGCACCACCUACUUCAUUGCCAACUACUAGUAAAAGAGGAAGGGGCAGGGGAAGUGAAAGCACAAUCCCAUACAAAAGAUCAUCAAUCAUGGGAAUGGGUGUGUUUCAAGCUGAAAAUGGAUUCAAAGCAUUUAAUGUGAGUAUUUAUUACUAA